UUUAGUACAUUUUUUUUGAUAUUUAAUUUGGUAUAAAAUACUCUGCAAAUUUAGAUUUGUCCAUCAGUCUCUUGGUUUCAGACAAAAUGUCGUACAUGUGGACAAUUUUUGUGGCUUUAUUGUGUGUUAAUUCAGUUCUAUGUAAAACAUGUGAAUUUAAAGAUUCGGAAUGUGUAGUAAGAUGGGCAAAUUCCCUAUACCCAUCAUUUAUCAAAGGAGCAGGCAUUAUUAAACCAUCAGACCCACUGUACAGCGAUAUUAUAGAAGCGGACUUGCCAACAUUUAAGUAUACUUUAAAGAAUGCUGAACUUACAGGGCUAAAAGACUGUCAUGUCUCGAAACUUGACUUCGACGAAGACAGCAUGACGUAUAUAUAUUUUUUGCAAUGCCCUCGCGUGGUAAUAACAGCUGAUCACGAGGCCAAGGGGGAUAUAGUUGGCUUCAGUAUAGAUAUCAAAGGAAAAGUCACAAUUAUCGGCGAGGAUUACAUGUACAACUUUACUGGAAAAGUUGAAAGUAGAACUGGCACAGACGGCAAGAAAUACAUCCAGAUGAAAACCCAUGACAUAAAUGCCAGAGCGAAUGGGAAAUUAGAGAUAGAUUUCAAAAAUGAUUACGACGCUUCAACUUCAGAUUUUGCUACUGUUCAAAAAUUCCUUAAUGAAAAUUGGAAGGAUAUAGAUGAACAACUUCGCAAACCAACCGUUGAUAAUUUCAUGGAUUUAUUUUUGGACAAUGUGAACGCCUAUCUUGAUUUGGUGCCUUUCGAACCAAUUGUUCCCGAUGAUUAAGAGUCAGAUUUGAAAAUAUUGUUCUGUGCAAUCAUAGUUUUGGGUUCUAUUACAAUAAAAUAUUGAUGAGAA